AUGGAGCUCAACAUUAAAGCCAAAUAUACUUUGACAUGUGCCCAAUCAAAAAAUAAGUACAAAAAGAUCUACAAAUUGAGAACUGCUAAAGAGAUUUGGGAGUCAUUGAGCAUAAACUAUGAAGACACUGAAGAUGUCAAAUUGAGGAAAGUCAUGACUCUAACCAGACGUUAUGAAAGAUUCAUCAUGAAAGAUGGAGAGUUUGUGGAUGGCAUGUUUAGAAGACUUCAAGUUCUUCUAAACAAUCUAGGGACUAUUGGACAUAUGUACUCCAAGGAUCAGAUAAACUUGAAAGGGCUGGAUAGCUUUCCCAAGCCAAAGGUCCAAGAACUCUUACAUGAAUUUGGUGAUAUAUUUCCCAAAGAGAUACCCCCUGGGCUACCUCCUUUAAGGGGAAUAGAACACCAAAUAGAUUUAGUCCCAGGAGCAAGCCUUCCUAAUAGGCCAGCCUAUAGGACUAACCCUCAAGAGACUAAGGAGAUAGAGUCUCAGGUUAAAGAAUUGUUGGAGAAGGGCUGGGUCCAAGAGAGCCUAAGCCCAUGUGCUGCGCCAGUGUUGUUGGUGCCCAAAAAGGAUGGUACAUGGAGAAUGUGUACAGAUUGCAGGGCCAUCAACAACAUCACUGUAAAGUAUAGGCACCCCAUUCCUAGACUUGAUGAUUUGCUUGAUGAGUUGCAUGGUGCCAAUAUCUUUUCAAAAAUUGAUCUUAAAAGUGGUUAUCACCAAAUCAGGAUGAAAAAGGGUGAUGAGUGGAAAACUGCUUUCAAGACCAAGUUUGGUUUGUAUGAAUGGCUAGUGAUGCCUUUUGGGCUCACUAAUGCACCAAGCACCUUUAUGAGGCUUAUGCAUCAUGUCUUAAGGGAUUUCAUAGGUUUUGUAGUUGGUAGAAAUGGGGUCCAAGUGGACCCUCAGAAAAUCAAGGCCAUCCAAGAAUGGCCCACCCCAAAAAGUUACAUUAGAGGGCAAAGCAAGUUAAACAAGAGGCAUGCAAAAUGGGUAGAGUACCUAGAGCAAUUUCCAUAUGUUAUCAAAUACAAAAAGGGAAAAACAAAUGUGGUAGCUGAUGCCCUCUUUAGGAGACACACAUUGUUUUGCUCCCUAGGAGCUCAAAUUUUAGGAUUUGAUAAUAUUAGGGACUUGUAUGCUUUAGAUGAACAUUUCUCUCCCAUUUAUGAGAGUUGUGGGAAAAAGGCCCAAGAUGGAUUCUAUUUGGCUGAGGGGUAUUUGUUCAAAGAGGGAAAACUUUGCAUACCCCAAGGAUCCAUUAGGAAAUUACUUGUGAAAGAGAGCCAUGAGGGUGGGCUCAUGGGCCACUUUGGGAUAGACAAG